GGUCACAAUAUUAGAGUUGUUAUAAAUUAAUUUAAACAUUAACAUAUUACUCAUUCGUCAAUACUGUAUCGUUGUUGACUGUUGUCCAACAAAAAAAAACAUUGACAGUGUGAAACGAUUAUAUCCGAAUCCAUACAGCCAAACAGGAAAAGCCAGUGACACGGCGGCGUCAUACAAAACAGCACGUGUCUUAAUUUAAUAAACAGAGCGAGACCAGUUUCACCGACUAGUGCAACCGCAUUUCCUGACAGAUUUUUUUAACGUCUCACUUGAAAAAGAAACGUUAAAAUGGUGCUGUUGUUGCGGAGGUUGUCGAAAAAAUGUGCUCAGGUCGCGUUAUCCUGCAGCAGAGCGUCUCACCAGGCCGCCUUACGAGGCGCCCUCAAGCUAAAUCCGCAAUUAGCGAAUUUGACCCCCAAGGUCCGUGCGUUUGUGGAACGAAGUGCGGCGUUGUGUGAACCGGAUCACGUCCACGUGUGUGACGGUUCCGACGCCGAGGGUAAGGCGCUCCUUCAGAUGAUGCAGCAGCAGGGGACUGUGAAACCCCUGCCUAAAUACGACAACUGCUGGUUGUCACGAACGGAUCCCGCGGACGUGGCGCGCGUCGAGUCUCGCACUUUCAUUUGCUCUGAACGAGAAAGAGACGUGGUCCCUGUAGCGAGGGCGGGGCAGAAGUCCGCGCUGGGGAACUACAUCAGCCCCGAGGGUUACGACAAGGCUGUGACUGAACGGUUCCCGGGCUGUAUGCGAGGCAGGACCAUGUAUGUGAUACCGUUCUCUAUGGGGCCCGUCGGAUCUCCUUUGUCCAAGAUCGGUGUGGAAGUCACCGAUUCCCCUUAUGUCGUGUACUCUAUGAGGGUCAUGACCAGAAUGGGUAAUAAAGUCUUAGAGGCUCUGCGUAAGGACGAGCAGUUCGUCCGUUGUUUGCACGCGGUAGGUCGUCGUGAUGAUGGACAGGAGACGCCGGGCUGGCCCUGCGACCCUCAGAGGACGAUCAUACUGCAUCGACCGGCGGAUAAUGAGAUCAUCAGUUACGGCAGCGGCUACGGCGGGAACAGUCUUCUGGGAAAGAAAUGUUUCGCCUUAAGACUCGGCUCGGUGCUGGCGCGGCGUGAGGGGUGGCUGGCGGAACACAUGCUGAUCGUGGGUAUAACGGACCCCAAGGGCCGUAAGCGCUACAUCGCCGCGGCCUUCCCGUCGGCGUGCGGCAAGACUAACCUGGCUAUGAUGACCCCGACCCUGCCAGGGUACAAGGUGGAGUGUGUGGGAGACGACAUCGCCUGGAUGAAGUUUGACAGCAGCGGCGUGCUGAGAGCCAUCAACCCUGAGAACGGGUUCUUUGGCGUCGCUCCAGGAACCUCUUCAUCGACCAACCCCAUAGCCAUGGAGUCUAUCUUCCGCGACACGGUGUUCACGAACGUGGCUGAGACAGCCGAUGGUGGGGUUUGGUGGGAGGGCAUGGGAGAGGCCCCGGAAGCUCUGAUCGACUGGAAAGGCCAGCCGUGGGAUCCCAGCAAGGACACGCCAGCAGCACAUCCCAACUCCAGGUUCUGCACGCCGGCGUCUCAGUGUCCCAUCAUGGACGGAUGUUGGGAGAGUGCGGCGGGGGUGCCGAUAUCCGCGAUCCUCCUCGGGGGUCGGCGGCCGGCCGGCGUCCCGCUGGUGGUGGAGGCCAGGGACUGGCGACACGGAGUAUUCAUGGGAGCCAGCAUGCGCUCCCAAGCGACCGCUGCAGCCGAGCACGCGGGCAAAGUCGUGAUGCACGAUCCGUUCGCGAUGCGGCCCUUCUUCGGCUACAACUUCGGAGACUACCUCCGUCACUGGUUGUCCAUGCCACAGCCAGGACGCCGCAUGCCCAAGAUAUUCCACGUCAACUGGUUCAGGAAAGAUGAUCAGGGUAAAUUCCUUUGGCCUGGCUUCGGUGAGAACUCGCGCGUGUUGGACUGGGUGCUGCGCCGUUGUGAUGACGAGCCCUGCGCCAUAGAGACUCCACUCGGUUACAUCCCCACCGAGGACGGGUUGCAAACCAAUGGACUCGCAUCCGUGGACAUGAAACAACUGUUCAGCAUUCCUAAGGAUUUCUGGAUGCAGGAGGCUGAUGCCAUCGAGAAGUAUUUCAAGGAGGAAGUCGGAGAAGAUCUUCCCAACGAAAUGUGGGAGGAAUUAAAUAAACUGAGGAUCAAUGUACAGAAAUCCUAAAACACCAAAGAUGUAUUCAAACACUAUUCGAUUAAGCAUAAAUGAGAUAACACUGUAACGAUCGGUCCUGAGAUAUGUUACUAUAUGAAAAAAAUUCUUCAUUAGAUUUAUUUUACGAGAUCUUGUUCUGGCAACACUGUGGUGUAUUGAAAUUAAAAGGCUGUGCUCUUUAGAUUAUAUAUAGAAAUAAGUUAUGUAUGUGCUGUCCUGUAAAUAAUAAAUGUAUAAUUUAUAAAA